AUGCCCAAAGACCCCAAAUCCGUCCUCACCACCACCCUCUCCCACACCCUCACCAACCGCGCCACCCUCUCCCGCCUCCGCACCCUCUCCCUCCCACCCCCCCACGCCACCGACUUCUCCUCCAACGACUUCCUCUCCCUCGCCACCUCCCCCCUGCUACGCCGCUCCCUCCUCGCCGAACUCGCCGCCCACCCCACCCACCCCCUCGGCUCCGGCGGCUCCCGCCUCCUCGACGGAAACUCCCCCUACGCCGAGACCCUCGAGGCCACAAUCGCGCACUACCACAGCGCCCCCUGCGGCCUCCUCUUCAACUCGGGCUUCGACGCAAACACAGGCUUCUUCGCGUGCGUCCCGCAGCCCGGCGACGUGGUCGUCUACGACGAGUACAUCCACGCCAGCGUGCACGAGGGCAUGCGCUCCUCGCGCGCGUCGGCGUGCCUCAUGUUUGCGCACAACAGCCUCGCCUCGUUCCGCGCCGUGCUGGAGGGCGUCGAGGCGCGGCAGGGGAGGAGCGUGUUUGUGGCGGUGGAGAGCCUGUACUCGAUGGAUGGGGACCUUGCGCCGCUGGCGGAGCUGGUGGCGAUUGCGGACGAGGUGCUGGAUGGCGGGGCGCUGUUUACGGUUGAUGAGGCGCAUGCGACGGGGGUGGCGCUUGCCUGUAAUGGCGCCAUAAUCCUAACGGACGCAACCACACGCCAAUACCUCAUCAACUACGCCCGCCCGCUCAUCUACACAACCUCGCUCUCCUUCCCCUCCCUCGCCGCCAUCACAGCCUCCUACACGCUCCUCCGCUCCCCGCACGCCGCAGCCCUGCAAUCGCACCUUCACACCCUCACCGCACACCUCCACCGCCGCCUCGCCACGCUGCCGCCCGCCCCACAGACACUCACGCUGCCGCCCGUCCGCCCAACGCCCAUCCUCGCGCUGUUCACGCCGCAGCCGCGCAGUCUCGCGGCGCACCUGCAGACGCGCGGGAUCGUGGCGAGGCCCAUCGUGUUCCCGACGGUGCCAAAGGGGACGGAGAGGGUGCGCAUCUGUGUGCAUGCGGGAAACACGGUGGAGGAUGUGGAGGCGCUUGUGGAGGCUGUGAGGGAGUGGGUUGUGGGGCAGGCGAGGGGGAGUAAGAUCUAA